AUGGAAAUGUUCAACAACAGCACCUUUUCAGACUCUGAUUUUACCAAGGAGAAUAAUACGAAUUUUUCAGAGGUGACGCUCACUUAUCAAAUUAUAACUUCAUUGUUUAUAGGGACUAUGAUCCUUUGUUCCAUCAUUGGAAAUACCUGUGUGAUCGCAGCUAUAGCACUGGAGCGCUCUCUCCAAAAUGUAGCCAACUAUUUAAUAGGUUCGUUGGCUGUUACAGACCUGAUGGUCUCUGUGUUAGUGCUACCUAUGGCUGCUUUGUACCAAGUUCUGAACAAGUGGACCCUGGGACAGGUAACCUGUGACAUUUUUAUCUCUUUAGAUGUGUUGUGCUGUACAUCCUCUAUCCUGCACCUUUGUGCUAUUGCUCUAGACAGGUACUGGGCUAUAACAGACCCAAUAGACUAUGUCAAUAAGAGAACUCCCAGACGAGCUGCUGUUCUGAUAAGCCUGACAUGGCUGAUCGGCUUUUUAAUUUCAAUCCCUCCCAUGUUGGGCUGGAGAACACCCGAAGACAGAGCUGAUCCCGAUGCUUGUAAUAUUAGCCAAGACCCCGGCUACACCAUUUAUUCCACCUUCGGCGCCUUUUAUAUCCCCUUGAUAUUGAUGUUAGUCCUGUAUGGGCGAAUAUUCAAAGCCGCUAGAUUCCGAAUUCGCAAGACCGUGAAGAAAUCUGAGAAGCAAAAAGUAGCAGACACUUGCCUGACUGUUUCUCCGGCUGCCAUUCAGAAGAAAAACAACUGCGAGAACAGCAAGAACUGGAAGAGGAGUGUGGAGCCUAAACCCGCCUGUAUCAACGGGGCAAUCCGACACGGAGAGGAGGGCUCAGCGUUAGAAGUCAUCGAAGUGCACCAAAACUCCAAAAGCCACUUUCACCUGCCCAGCAAUACCAACAGCCAAUCGACAUCGUGCUUUGAGGCUAGGAAUGAUAAGAACGUUGAAGCGAAGAGAAAGAUGGCCCUUGCCCGCGAGAGAAAAACGGUGAAAACUUUAGGCAUCAUUAUGGGCACGUUUAUCUUUUGCUGGUUGCCAUUUUUUAUCGUGGCUCUUGUAUUACCAUUUUGUGGACAACAAUGUUAUAUGCCAAUCUGGCUGCACGCUGUCAUCAACUGGCAAGGCUACUCCAAUUCACUCCUAAAUCCCAUCAUAUAUGCUUAUUUCAAUAAGGAUUUCCAAAGUGCUUUCAAGAAAAUUAUCAAAUGCAAGUUCUGUAGACAAUGA